AUGCUCUUCCCCCGGGUGCGAUCCCGGGUGCGAACGUUGCUCCUUGCGCUGUUUCUCGUAUCAGUUAUCACCUGGUGUCUAUCGCGAUCGCGACAAUCGGACGGACAAACCGGACAGGUCCCGAUCAUCCACAACCCCAAAGGCCAUAUCAAAUUCUGGCGCCAAUUCGAACCACUCUUAUCGAAAUAUGAACCGAAAUGCCUUCCUCCGGAACGUCUUGGAUCAGCGGAGUCGAUCAGGUUUGAGCAAGCGGAUCCCGAUUAUCGCCCAGAGCUCAUUGAGAUGUCGGCGGAGGACGUGGCUAUUAUGAAGAAGGCGCAUCACGGGUUCGUGAGUGAGAUAAAAAAAGAUGGACCGAAACUUCAUUAUGAAUCGCAUACGAGGGGUAUCGUGUCGACAGCGGGAGGAUCAUACUUGCCGGUGUUGGUGAUCUCGCUCCGCAUGCUUCGGAGGACGGGCUCGGAGAUUCCAAUGGAGGUUUUCUUAGCGGAUGGGUCAGAAUAUGAGGAAUACAUUUGCGAAAUGGUUCUCCCUUCCUUGAACGCCCGGUGCGUUGUGCUAUGGGACAUUCUGAGUGCGAUACCAGAUGGCGUGCAGGUGGAGAAGUACCAGUACAAGCUCUUUGCGAUGCUCUUUUCCUCGUUUGAGGAGAUAUUUUUCUUGGAUGCUGAUGCGUUCCCGUUAAUGAAGCCGGAGAGUGUGUUUGCAAGCGAACCAUUCAGAUCCAGUCAGAUGAUCACUUGGCCAGACUUCUGGCUCCCUACACCUUCGUCACUCUUUUACGAGAUCUCCUCCAUACCUGUUCCCCGCAAGGCCCAGAGACAGUCGAGUGAGUCUGGAGAGAUCUUCCUCUCUAAACGAACUCACCUCAAGACCCUCCUCCUCGCUACAUACUACAAUUUCUGGGGCCCAACCCACUACUGGCCCCUCCUCUCCCAAGGUGCCGCAGGCGAGGGCGACAAAGAAACCUUCGUCGCAGCAGCUACAGUAGCCAACGAACCCUUCUACCAAGUCAGCGAACCUAUUUGCGCCAUCGGCCACCGCACCGCAGGCGGCCUAGCCGGCUCAGCCAUGGCCCAAUUCAACCCCGUCGAAGACUACAUGCUCACACAGAAGGAUCAGUGGCGCAUCAUGGGCGCAAAAGCUCUCCCUCCCCAGACAUACGUAAUUCACGCAAACUUUCCCAAGUUCAACCCGGCUACUGUGUUCAAUCCGGGUGAUGUGAAUCCGGCAUUCGCGGAUGAUGGUAGUUACACGCGGGCGUGGACUAUCCCGGAAGAGGUUAUUGAGAAGUUUCCUACGGAUGUCGAGAGGGAGUUUUGGAGUGAGAUUCUCUGGACUGCUUGUGAACUCGAGGACAAGUUUGAGACUUGGAAGGGGCAGGCUAAUAUUUGCCGGAAAGUUAAGGAUUACUGGAAUGCUAUCUUCGUGGAUUCGAAGUCUGGGGCCGUCUGA